UAACGUUGACUUCCGCCCAAGUCAUUUUCAAGGAAAUCAUUGAAGUGUUCAGAUUUCAAGAAAAUUGUUAUACAAUCUCUAUCAGAUAUCUACAAUUGUACAAGAACAUAUAUUGGUGAACAAUCGGCCAUGGAUAUUCAUGGUGAAUGCCGAUUGUCAUCUUAUAUGUUAGACAUCUUAAGGAUUACUGGUCCUUUAACAAAGAACCAGAUUGAGCAGUUUAAAGAUUUAUCCGAAAUACAGGAAACCAGACAAAGAAUUAUGGACAUAAAACGUAAUGGGCGAGAAGUCUUUCUUCAGAAUUCAAAUAACAAUCGUCAUAAAUUGGCAUUGCGAUCACCAAGAAGGUUCGAAAACAACACCGAGAGGUUCGAAAAUAACACCGAGAGGUUCGAAAACAGCACCGAGACUGAGACUGAUGGUGAUAAAUUACUCAAAGCAACAGCAAUACUCAAAGAAUUGCUGCCUAAAUACUUCAGUCGUCAGUAUGGCAAUAUGAAAGACACAGAAACACAAACAGAAAACAACACAGAGAAAACAGUUGAUAUGAACAAACUGAAAACUUUAAUGGAGUUUGCAGUUGAAAAGAUUCCAGAUAGUUCGAUCAGCAAUGUAAAGUGUUUCCUUGACUGCUGCAUGGGCCAUCUUGUUAACAAAAGUGAUGAGGCUAUGUCAUUUUAUUGUAAUAAAUAUACACGUGACAAUAAUGAUUUGACUAAUGGUAGAAAAAAUGAACUAUUAAAAAAUAACACAGACAUCGAGGAAAUCUGGGAUAGUCAUAGGAAUUCUAAAUACAUGAUCGAUGAUGAUUAUUUUGAGACCCGGAUGCAAUCGAUUAUCAACGCAACGAUUGACGCUUGCAAUAAGCGCGCCAAGAGCCUAGGAUGUAAACCCAGUAAAGAUAAAAUUAUAGUUGAUUACUUGAACACCAGAAAUCGUAUUGCCGGUGAAAAAAAAUACAAUCAAAGUAAAGUUUCUGCUGAUGUUUCAGAUUCUGUUGACAUUUCAAAUCAAAAAUAUACAUUUGCUCAUGAAAUGGAAAGACAUGGUAUCUCAUUAGAAACAACAGACAACAACAAUGAGAACAUGAUUUUAAAUGUCAUGAGGACCAGUAGAACAGUAAGUCCCCCGGCAACGUUUGAAUAUUAUUCUUCUGAAGACGAUCUACGGACAGCAAAUGUUUCCCAAUCAACAACAACAACAAUGUCAUACGGAGAUAAAUCAUCAGACAGGGAGAUAUUUAUUGAAAAGUCACAAACAAACAAACCGUUUAUGAUAAUGAAACAAAAUCGCCGAAGGGACGAAGAACACAUUGGCAUUAAACCUAAUGAAUCAAAAUCACAUCCGUCUACAUUUUCAUACUAUCUACCAGAGAGUGCGGUGCCAUUUAACUGGGCAAGAAACUGUCCUGAUCCAUGCGAUGACGUGGUUGAUGACGAAUACUAUAGAGAAGAGUUAGUUGUGCCAAAACUGGAUCUCAUGUUCACAAGAUUAGAGGAUGUGCCGAUAUCAAUUAAUGAUACUGAUAGUUCGCUCUGGUCAGAAAGCCAAUCUUUUGACAGAAGCUUUCAGAUGAAUUUGCGAAGUAAAAAUCAAGAUACAGACAUAACUGGAAAAACCAAAGAAGAAGAAUCAUUUAAUCUUUCUGCUAGACCAAAUGUAACAAAUGAUCCUUCAGUUGUACCUGAUUUUGAUAUAGAUGAAUCUAUUGAAAAGAUAACAGAAUGUGAAGUGAAACCCAUUAUAAACCGAACUGAAAGAAUUGGUUAUGAUUCGAACACAGAACUCAGAGAAAAGAGAAAAAGAAUUUUAGAGAGUGCAAAUACACGAAUUUUACAUGAAGAGAAAGAACUAGAUUCGAAUUCUGUCGAUGUCAGUUCUAAAACUUCUAAUCAAGAAGAAAAUGCAUUCGAAACAUUCGAUCUAGAAAUAUUAUCUCCUAAUACUAAGACUGAUAUGAAAAGACGAAUUUUGAAGUCGGCAAAAUGGGUUCUAGCUGCUGUCACAUACAUGGAGAUGAAAAAAGAAUUAGAAGAUUGUAAAAGUCUUUUCCAGAUUGAAAAUUUGAACAAUGACGUAGUCACAAGAGACAUAAAUAGCUAUGAAAAUAUAUCUUCAACUUUAACAAAAUCACAUCCAAGUAAUGAUCAAUUUGGCAGUCGACGUUUAUAUGAAUCAGACAAAUCAAGCAACUCAAGUCAGUCCAGAGGAAGAGAAUGCUCCUUUGAAAAAUUUGAUAAACCAACUGAGCAAGUUUUCAUUAGCAGUCCUAGCAGUUUAGUUCAUGUAUCUGUUUCAGGGAGUGCUUUACAAAAUAAAGCAGACAAUUCGGCUUAUAAUGGUCAAAUAAGGACGGAACUAGAGGAAUCGACAGAUGGCAAUGAACUUACAAUGCAGUCGAUUGAACCCCAGGGUCGAAAGAGUCUCUUUGAACACACCAACGAGGAUAUAAAAGAUAACCAACCACAUGUAUCCUUUUCUAGUGAAUCGCUGAGUUCUGAUAUUAUUCCAAAUAUCAUAAGUAGUGUUGUUGAAACUCUACAAAGAGACCACGCUCAUCGUAUGUCCGAUCUUCCCGAUGACUUGUCAAGCUGCUCUUGGAAAAUUCCAACGAUCCCACCGGAAUCCCCACAUUACGGUUUGAACACGUUGUGUGACACUACUACAAUUAAUCCAGAAUUCCGCGCAGACGAUCACAUGGUAACGGACCCCAUGACAACAGAAAAACUUAGUGAUGUCAAGGAUACAUCCAUUAACAAUGAGGACACGUUGAUACAAAAGACACAGAAAUCUUUAAAACGUAAUGAAAGUAAGAAACAAAAUAUUGUAAAUCACAAUUAUGAGAUCGAAACACUCCUCUACAGUGAUCAUAAAGAAUUGCCUGUCCAUUUAAAAAAUGAUCUUUUGCAAAAUAACCCCAACGAUCAACAACACUGUUACAGUGCUGAAGUCAAAUCGGUACCUGAAUGUCUACGUACACCAUUAUCAACAUCGGACUGUCCGUCCGUAAUACAAAGCAUUGACACAACUGAAAUUAGAACCAUAUCUGAAUGUUCAUCAACGCCUUCUUGCAGAUCAGACUGGGCAUCCACAGAAUCCGACUUCAGCAAAGAGGUGUGUCAAACUGGUCUUUUCGAAUAUUCAGAAAAGAAAAAUAGGACAUACGAUGGUGUUUCAGUGUGCAAGGAAGAAGAUUGCGUAAAUAACAACAGAAGAAAUCAGAAUGUUGAUGCCUUCAUUACUACCAUGCAAAUCGAAGAAAUUUCAAAUAUUUGUUCAUGGAAUAGUAGUCAUUCAGGUGACACAGGACCUGUUGAUUUUGUUGUUUCAGCUGCAAACAGUGACACAAAAUCAGCUGCACACAGUGAAACAAAAUCAGCUGCAAACAGUGAAACAAAUUUAGCUGCAAACAGUGAAACAAAAUCAGCUGCAAACAGUGAAACAAAUUCACCUGCCAACAUUGAAACAAAAUCAGCUGCAAACAGUCACACAACAUCAGCUGCAAACAGUGAAACAAAAUCAGCUGCAAACAGUGCAACAAAUUCAGCUGCAAAUAGUGACACAAAAUCAGAUGCACACAGUGAAACAAAAUCAGGUGCAAACAGUGAAACAAAACCAGCUGUAAACAGUGAAACAAAAUCAGCUGCAAACAGUGAAACAAAAUCACCUGCAAACAGUGACACAAAAUCAGCUGCAAACAGUGACACAACAUCAGCUGCAAACAGUGAAACAAAAUCAGCUGCAAACAGUGAAACAAAUUCAGCUGCAAAUAGUGACACAAAAUCAGAUGCACACAGUGAAACAAAAUCAGGUGCAAACAGUGAAACAAAACCAGCUGUAAACAGUGAAACAAAAUCAGCUGCAAACAGUGAAACAAAAUCAGCUGCAAACAGUGAAACAACAUCAGCUGCAAACAGUGAAACAAAAUCAGCUGCAAACAGUGAAACAAAACCAGCUGCAAACAGUGAAAAAAAAUCAGCUGCAAACAGUGAAACAAAAUCAGCUGCAAACAGUGACACAAAAUCAGCUGCAAGCAGUGACACAAAACCAGCAGCAAACAGUGACACAAAAUCAGCUACAAACAGUGAAACAAAAUCAGCUGCAAACUGUGAAACAAAAUUAGCUGCAAACAGUGACACAAAAUCAGCUGCAAACAGUGAAACAAAACCAGCUGCAAAAAGUGAAACAAAAUCAGCUUCAAGUAGUGACACAAAAUCAGCUGCAAACAGUGAUACAAAAUCAGCUACAAACAGUGAAACAAAAUCAGCUGCAAACUGUGAAACAAAAUUAUCUGCAAACAGUGACACAAAAUCAGCUGCAAACAGUGCAACAAAACCAGCUGCAAAAAGUGAAACAAAAUCAGCUGCAAACAGUGAAACUAAAUCAGCUGCAAACAGUGAAACAAAAUCAGCUGCAAACAGUGAAACAAAAUCAGCUGCAAACUGUGAAACAAAAUCAGCUGCAAACAGUGACACAAAACCAGCUGCAAACAGUGACACAAAAUCAGCUGCAAACAGUGACACAAAAUCAGCUGCAAACAGUGACACAAAAUCAGCUGCAAACAGUGACACAAAAUCAGCUGCAAACAGUGACACAAAAAUGAAAAAUAGGCAUAUAGACAAUGAGGUUUUUACUGUUGAUGAGAUUCUUAACACCAAAAGUUUUUUGUCGUGCUUAAACAAAGAAAAUGAAAUACAUCUUGACAAUGAUUUAGUCGAAAAUAUUGGACCAGUGGUCAGUAAAAUUAAAGAAAAUACAGUUAAUUUCGAUGAAGCAUCUAUCAAAAGCAAUUGUUCUUGGGACAGCGACGGGUCAGAACGUCAAAACUUACUGAAUAAUGAUGAAGCAUCUGUAACAAGUUGUUGUUCUUGGGAUAGCAAUUCAGAAUUUGACAAAGACGAUUCUAUAAAUAUGAUAGCUAGUAAACAUAUGCAGAGUUUGCUUGAAUCAGACAGUACAAAAUUGCAAAUACAUGGAAAUAAAGAACUGGAGCAAUUACAAGAAACCAAAAAUAUCAUUGCAGACAUCAAACAUAUAGAUCAAUCUACUGUACAAAUUCCUAAAGUGGAUACGUUAGUUGGUAAUGAAUCAAAGACACAACUAUCAAACAAAGAUACUGAUUGUAAUAAUGAAUCGAUAGAAAGCCCAGGAUAUUGGCAACAUAGAGAGUACGAAAGAGACUGUUUUCAACAAAAAUCUACACAAUCUGAAACUAAAUCAAAAGGUAAAUCUGAGAUUCCAGUAGAUGAUGAAGAUGUCUUUUUAUCAAAGAAGCGUCUUUCAACGUUACACGAAGUUCUUUCAAAUAGGCAUUUAAAUGAAGAAUUAAACAGAAAUAAAUUGGAUAAUACAGAAUUUGGAUUUGAAGACAGCGAAAAUCUUGAAGGAGUAAUUAAAACAGUUGGAAGAAAUGUUUUGUAUCGAGGAGCAUUGGUAAUUGAUGACGGUGGCGGCGAUACAACCGACGACUGUUCAGUCAUCGAUAUGCCAAAAAGUGAAUUAGAAAGAUGGCAAGAAUCUAAAAAUCAAUCAUUACAGAAAUGCGAUGAAGAUCAAAAUAUUGCCACAGAGCAGAUACAAACAUGUUUAUUUCAAAGGAUGAUACCUGAUCACAAAAAUAACCAGAAUGAUAAAAUUAUCAGUAAAUCAAAAAUGCAGGCUUUAUUGCCAUUAAGAGGAACACCAAUGCUGAAUCAAACACAGAAGAUGUCAAAUGAUAUAACUUCUAUGGAUUAUGUGUACAAUUCACCAAAUCAAAUGCCAAGUUUCCAACCAUUAGAAAAAACCCUCAUAGGAAAGCCGUUAAAACGUCAGGGAAUGCUUGCUCCACUCAAACCGAUACAAGAAACGAUCAAGCAAGAAAAAGUGAAAUCGCCAAAAAGAAAGAAAACAACAGAAUCCAAUGUUAAAAAAUCAAAAACUAAAAAGAAAGCAAACAAAAUAAAAGCUCAACCGGUACAUCAGACAAAAGACGUUCAUGAAAAUUCAAGUACAGACACAUUUUCUAUGCCAUCAUUUGAACUUGCGGAAGAUUUUCAUCUUGCAAUUAAUACUCAAAGGGACUUGAGAUCUAAUAUCCAAAUGGAUGACGACUUUAUUCAGAACUCGCCAGAUAGCUCAGAAUCAUCUUGUAAAAGAAAUUUCCGUGAUUAUAUGGAUAAAAGAAAGAUGGACGAUGAUUUUGCGAUAAAUUCAUACGAGAGUUCAGAUUCUGAAAUUUCAGAACGAAAUGUAAACUACAACUGCAACGGGGAUCCUACUACUGGUAUCAAUGUAGUUGUUUCUCAGAAGAGAUGCAGACAAAAAAAGGCGCCAUUGAAAUCUGUUAUUGGUAGACCACCUGUUUGCAAUAAUACGUUUAGCAUUAAAAGUGUGAACAAUACAUGGACACCUGAUUACCGAAUAUGGGACUCUCAUCAUAUGGUUGAUGGAUCUGUUUGGUCAACAUUUGAUUACAUUGGGGAGACGAAAAUUUAAAUUUAGGACUUUCAAAGGCUUUCCGUUCAACAGGCAGGUUUUUAGAAAAAAUCAAAUGAUAAGAACUAAGAUUUGUUUCAUUAGAAAAAAUAUUUUGUUGAAAAAUGUAAAAUUUAACAUUGUGUUAUUGAGAAUAACAACCAAAUAUAGAAAAAGUGUUCAUCUGUGUACAGCUGCAUGAAAUAUUUUGUGCUACACUUAUAAAAUGACGUGAAUGAUUUAAGAAAGAAAAAUCAAGACAUAUUAUUAAUUGAAACAGAAUACCGAGGAAAAUAACCGGUUCAUCUUAAAAUUACCCAAGACAUGAUAACUUUGAAAACUAAAAACUUGCUGGAUAAAAUUUAUCGUGUUGUUUUGUUGAUUUCGAAACAGGUAAUAGGAACAGGGGGGCCACACGUUUAAUCAACACAUACCUUAAUACUACAAAUAAGCAUACAGUCUAAACA